AUGGACCCCGGAAACAGUGUUGGCGGGCCUUAUCUCCCCAAUCCUACAGGACGCACCGUCCACAGCCAUGGUCCAGCACACUCCGCAGCUGAUCCGAACGCAAUGAUGAGCCAGUUCUCUGGACUUUCUUUGGGAGCAAUGAGCAUGCCUAGCAGCUCUGCUCCAAUGCCCAUGGGACAUGGCCCUACCUACAUGGUUGGAUCUGAUGGCCAAUAUGUUUUGACACCCAUGAAUACCCAGCCACUUGGCCUGAACCAUCAUCACAACGACAAUCCGUAUCCAGGAUUUGGUAUUCCUGCUGGCGGAUAUGGUUCUCCUUAUGUUGGUCUUCCGAUGCCAUUGCUUCCUUUCACUCCUGGAAGGGCCGGCAUGGCUCAGCCACGGGUUGAACGAGGGCAUUCAGAUGUACCUGGUCUGGAAAACCGCCGUGGAUCAUAUUCCACGACUGAGUCUACCCCAGCUACUCCAUUUUAUGGCACCGUUUCUCAGCGUGAUGGUGGCCCACGGGUUGCCAGCCUCGAUCGAUCCGCUUAUACAACCCCCUCCCCGCAGCAGAUUGGCCUUCCAGUCCUCCAUGCUGACCCGACCAAGUCUGCCAUGGCGGUGGUACCGGAUCGUACCAUUGAUGAGUUUCUUAAGCAGGAUCCUGCUAUCCCUCGAGCAGUCCCUGCUGUUUUUACACCUCCAAGCCAGAUGAAGAGCCUUGAGCAGAGCCUUGAGAACCGUAUCCCUGGCAAUCGAAACGUUUACAUUCGUGGCCUUCAUCCCACCACGGACGAUGAACUGCUUUACAAAUUUGCAUCUCGCUUUGGACCAGUUGAAACUUCCAAAGCCAUCAUUGAUACUGGAACUGGUGCAUGCAAGGGCUUUGGUUUCGCCAAGUUUUACGAGUCACGGGAUUCCGAAAUGUGUAUUCGAGGGUUUCACCGACUUGGUUAUGAAGUUGGCUUUGCCCGGGAAUCGUUCAAUUCUCGUCUCAAGGCCGAAGGCGACGAUGGCUCGACCAACCUGUACAUUUCCAACCUUCCCAAGACGCUGACGGAAGUGGAACUUGGAACCAUCUUCCUCGGGACCACAAUUCUUUCCAGCAAGAUUCUCCGGGACAGCAUGGGCAACAGCCGCGGCGUAGGGUUUGCUCGCUUCGAGAACCGCGAUAUUUGCGACGAAAUCAUCAAGAAGUACAAUGGAGUUGGAAUUGGGGAGGAAGGACUUCUCAUGAAUAUCCGAUAUGCCGAUACUCCGGCGCAAAAAGAGCUGAAGCGAGUCACCGCUGAGCGUCGUCAGUUCCGCACCAACGAGUACAACAUUGGCGCUUAUGGAACCCCUCUUGUAGGGAUGAGCCCAACAUUGUACAACCAGCAAUCCCAAUGGCGUAGAACUUUGCCCGUUUCACGAAGUGGACUUUCUGCUUCGUCAAUCGAAGAAGGGAAUGUGAUGAGACACUCGGGGACCCGACGAGGAUUAUCCGAGAUAGUUCCAAACACGAACACGGAUGUGGCUGCAGCUACCUCCAUGUCGGAUAGUGACGAAGGUGUAACGAUUCACGCUGAAACAACCGCCGUCGAUGGUGGCGCGGAUGAGAAUAAGUCGCCAUCUACGAAGGGCGUUCGACGGGACGAAAAUAGUGAUUAA